CGAAAACCGGCAUGAGUGUCAAGCAUUGUGUAUGUACGUUUGUAAAUAUUAAUUUGUUAAAUAAAAUAAUUUCACUGAAACGUUGCAUUUGUUACUCAUAAUACAAAAAUGGAUACGAUGAACGAUAGUUCUGAAAAUUUAGAACGAUCUGUUCAAGGGUUCAAUCAAGAAAAUAUGCAGCUUAAGUCAUUUUUAAGGUUAAGUACGAAAAGUACAACUCCUAAGAGAAUAUCAUUACAAAAUGCUAAUCAUUUAAGAAAAGAAUUGGACGAUGUACAUCAGUUGAAUGAUAGUGCCAGAAUGUUAGCUAAAUCAUAUAACAAUUCAAAAUUAAUGAAGAUUCAUGAUCUCAUGGAUAUUGAUAGUUCAAUAACACUUGCUCCUCAUGAAAUUCGAGAUAUAAUGACUACCUCAGAAAAGAAUGAAUUUACAUUGAGAGAAAUGAUGGAGGACAGCAGUGCAACCGGGAUCAUUUUAAAGACAAAGGAACCAUGGAGAGAAAUCAUGUCUAAAUUGUAUUAUGAUUUUUUACAUAGUAUACAAAUGAACUUUUCAGAGACACAGAUAUUUGAUACUAUAGCAGAUUUCAUACAAAACUGCUCAGAUACCUUGGAUAUAAUGAGAGGCAUGCAAUCCAAAGUGGAAACCAAUGAAGUAUCAGAAGAAGAGAUUUCCUUGCAGAAUGAAAGAAAUACAUGGAGACUUAUUUAUUGUUUAUAUCAAAAUCGAAUAAAUAGUAUAAAUUUCACUACUGUAAUGGAGGAUGAUUCAGAAGAAAAUAAUACUUACAUAUCUGAGAAAGUUGUAAUAGAUAAUUUAUUCAAGACUGAAAGUUACAUUAGAGAAUAUCAGUUGAUAAUUGAUUGGUUGGAAAAGAAUGCAUUAGAUGAUGCGGAUAAAUAUCCAACCACAGAACAGUUUACAGACAAAACUCUAGCAUGGGAGAAUACAGUGAGACAGUUACUUACAUAUAAAGAUAAAGAUCAGAUUCCAUUUCGUUCGUCUAGACCAUUAGUAUCAUCCCUAGACCCAGAUGCUCCGAUAAGAGAGGGUAAACCUCUCCAUGAUCUGGAUAGGGAAGACGAUGCAAGACUCGAAAAAAGAAUGUUUAUAGAGGUGCGUUGCGGUCGUCUUCAAAAAGCACAGGCAUUAGCGGAACACUGUGGGCAGCCUUGGAGAGCUGCCUGUCUUUUAGGAUGGAUACCUAACCAUGAUCCUAAUUAUCUGAAUCCAUUAUCUGAUACCAAAUUACCAAUUGAAGGAAAUCCUAAUAGAAGUCUUUGGAAGCUAUGCGCGUGGGAACUGUGCCAGGAUAAACGCGUAGGUCAAUUUUAUCGCUCUAUUUACGCUAGUCUUUGCGGAAAUGUUCAACAAAUGCUUCAAGUUGCAUCUUCGUGGCAAGACGCGUUAUGGGCUUACAUGAAAGCAUUAUUAGAUAUUAAGGUCGAAAGAGAUGCGAGGGAUUUAGUAGCAAAAAGUUUCACGGACAUGCCAGAGGAGUAUUGGAAGAAUGAAAUAUAUUUGGAAGAUGUGUUUAAAGAGUUGCACGCGUCGAAAAAUCCAAUCAUUCGUACUCAAUCAAAUAAGCCUGAUCAUCUGAUUCAGAAAUAUUUGAUAUUAGAUCAGAUACCGAAAUUAAUGGAAGAGAUAGAAACCAUGAUAGACACGAAGAACUGUGAUCCUCACUUUUUAAGAUUCUUAGGACAUUUGAUAUUCUUUUUCCGACAAAUUGGUAAAAAUACAAACGAUAAAGUUGGGGAUAAAGUUUUACUGUCGUACGUUCGGGUUUUAAUCGAAAUGGACGAUCCGAUUUUGAUCGCUUUCUACACAGCUAUGUUGCCGCAAGAGGCUCAGAUAACGAAUUACGCAAGCUACUUGGAGACUAUAAAAGAUUACGAGCAACGAAAGAAAUGCUUGACCGCGGCGGAGGAUGCUAAUUUAAAUGUGGAAGCGAUCACGAAAUUAGUAGUAGAAAGAAUACGUAGCAAAGAUGUAGAUAUCGAUAGUGCAGACUUAAAAGGCGCCAUAACCGAUGCGGAUAUAGAAAAGAUUAACGCCUUAGACUGGUUAAUAUUUUAUCGAAGCCAGCGGGAAGAAGCAUUAUGGCAAACUAAUGCUCUCAUUAGAUACUUUUUGAAGAAUGAAAGAAUUGACGCUGCGCGAAAAGCUUUCAAUAAGAUCCCAGCGGACACCAUAGAAUCUAUCGUGGCUGAAUAUCCAACUAUGGAAGGCACACUGACGAACCUUACGAUAACGAAUAAUCUAUCAAGAAGGGCGUCUUCAUCGAUUCGAGAGUACCUGUGUUAUAAAAUAUACUUGGAUGCGCAAGAAGGCUUUGCCGAAUGGUUCUCUCAUUACCAUCACGGUAAACCUACCCCUUUAGAAGAAUUACCACCAUAUGCCACGUUCACAGAAAAGGUUGCAUACGAACAUAAGCAAGCGCAAUACAACGCUGAAAUGGAAAGGUGGAAAACUACGAUGCAACAUCAUACAAAGGCAGUUAAACAGCUGUUGUAUAACGUAUUACUAUUUCCGGACGGUGGUUGGCUCGUCGAUUCAAAUAACAAUGGUGACGAAUCAUGUACACCAGAAGAAAUAUCACGCGAACGACAAAUGGAAAAAUUACGAGAGCUUUGUAUACCAAAAAUUACCCUCCUUUUGCAUUCUGUAAUGUCCGAAAUGAACGAGCACGCUGGAUGCAUUCAGCUAGCAGAUAUUCUUGCCUCCGAACAGUAUCAACUUUACAAAGUAUUCCAAAAGGGGCGGCUACGGGAAGUGUUCAAAAAAAUCUGUGAAUCAUCCCUAGUUUUGAUGGAUCAGAAGAAAGAUCCUUGGGGUUAUCCAAAAUGAUUGAUCCUACAAAAUUAGACAAUAAUUGAAAAAUAUAUAAGAUACCUUGUAACAUACGCAAAGCGACCACAAGCGAAACGUCGACAAAAUUUGUAUGAAAGUCCUCUAUUGUUUUUUAUAAAACCAGUUUAUUGUCAACCACAAGAAGUGAAUAUAAAAUUUGAUACAAUGUUCAAUAA